AGCGUUCUGGCCCAAGAGUUCUCCGCGGCGCUCGACGACUUGUUCAAGUUGAACGGAAUAGGAGAGCUCGAGGAAUCCGUGGUCCAAAAGAAAGACAUUGUCCAGACACAACGCUACCAGCUAGAAGAUCUCGAUGCGAAACUGCGCGAGACCAGCGAGCGGCUCCGACGACUCGAAACCAAGCACCACCGCCAACAGAGCCUGAUGCUGGACCAGCACCAACAACGAUCUCCCAUAUCGUCACAGUACCCCGCCGACAACGAAGGCGAGGACGACAGCUCCGGCGACAGCGAUGCCCAGGGCCGUCUCUCUCCACAGGGCGACCAUGUCCCA